UUUCAUGAUUUGACUCUCCUGGCAAAUGACUUGAUAUACAAACUUUUACAACGCGCUUAUGAUGCUUCAAUGUACCAUCGAUCAACCUUAUCCUAUAUAGAGCGUGUACAACGUGUUAUGAUGAUUGAAGAAUUAUGCCCGUCUGAUGAAAACAAAAUCUACAUUGCCAUGCCCAACUUUUACCUUGUGUGGUGCUCUCUUUCUUAUUUGCUUUUGACUGCGUCAACAGUGGAUGAUCAAUUUGUUAUUGUUGGUCUCUUGCAACAACUUUUGGCUGGAUCCGAGCAUGGUCAAUCUGAUAUUCUGCUGAUUGCUUUAUUACCACUCUUUCAAACAUUGGCUGAACUUCAAGACUUUGAUGGAACCUCUACUUCUCAACAACUUAGGGCUGCUAUACUUGAUUUGGUGUCUUUGAUUAACCACAUUAGUAUGUCUACUGGAGAUGAUCAUAAUCUUAUUAUUGAAAAAUGGUAUGAAAUCUCUGGAAGCAUGGCUCAUAUGGUACCUUAUCUUUGUCAAUACUUAGAUCGAACGUAUUCCGGUCAACAAAAGUCAAUACAAGUACUCUCAACACAAGAUUCCUUAUUCUCUUUUCACAGUAUUCUGUUUUAUGUACCAUUGUUAUUCAGUAUUGAUGAAAGUAUUCGAUUGACCUCUUUAUCCAACAUCGUAGACUUGGUCAACAGAACUUCGGGUCAAACAUCUCUCAAAUUUCCAAUGUUGCUUGUAUUUAUUUAUCUUAUGCGUCAUCCAGUGGCAACAACAGAAACUCUACUACAUAUAUUACACCAUUCAAUUCCAUCUUUAGUCAGCACAAACGAUCCCAUUACUACUACCAAAAUACUUCAUGUCGCUUUAUCUCUAACUCAUGGAACAAACGAUUCGUCUACCCUCGCCAAUGUCUUAUCUCAUACAACAAGAGAGACUACAAUGUCAAGCAUCGGACUCAAAGUAUUAGUAAAACUACAUGACAAACAACCGCGAAUUUGGCAAGAACUUCGAAAGGUAUUAUCGGAUUGGAUUCUUCGACGAAAAUCAAACAAUGGACGUGGAAGCUCUAUCGAAAUCGACCAAACUGGAAGUACACAAAUGGAAAUUGCUAUCUUGACGACAAUGCGUGAUCUAUGUCAAACUCAUCCUCGAGACUGCGCUCCGGAUAUUCUACCCAUGUUGAUAUCUUUGUUACAAACAUGUCAAUAUGUGCAUGUGGCAUCUCUCUCCAUUAUUGUCCAAACGAUGUGUGCUUGUAUCCGUGCUGGAAUGGCUGAACCUCGUUCUUUGUGGUUAGUGGCUAUCAGUUAUAUUGCUCAGUUUGCUAUGAAUCUACCUACCGACCAAGCUUCUCUCCUUUUACGAAGAUUAUGUGAAUUUUUCAACUUGGCGGGGAAAAAGGAUGACUUAUCUGAUCCGUAUACAGAAUUCAAACAAGUUUUAUUAGACGACUAUUUAUCAACUUUGAUAUGUUCAUCCGAUAAAUCUAUUCAAACAUCAGCUCUUCAAGCAUUAUCAUCGUUCCCAACAUCCGAUAUCUUGACAUUACUACCUGAAAAAGCAAAAGAAUACGUGGAUAGUAUCAAUGACAACUACAUCAAUGAUGGACAUAGUGAUAUUUUAGUGAAUUUGAUUACCUAUGAACUGGAUCAUAUGCGACGUGGAUUUUUCCAAGACGAACAGGGCAAUAUAUCAAAAUCAACCAUCAAUGAUGAUGAUGAUGAUGAUGACAAUAACUCUUCACACAACAAGGAUCUAUUGAAUAGCAGAGAACACCAGAUUGGCGCAGAAUUUGUGGCAGCUUGGGAAAAUGCACGUAUUUCACCAGGGUUACGAUCAGGUUAUACUAUUGCUGUAUUACAAGGAGUGGCACAUCAUUUGGAUCCAAUCAUACAAGCUGACACAAUGGAAACCUUAGUCAAGACAAAAUGGUACCGAUGCAUGGUGACAUCUCUUGGUAUGAUUUCUACAUUAUAUGAAAUCCUUCCCUCUCAUGCGACGACAUGUACUACCCAACUUAUCGACAUUAUUACCUCAAGAUACAUUACAUCCGGCGAUAGCAAGCUGAAUUCACUUUUGGUGACGAGUGAAGAAGUCCAAUAUGCUGCACGAUAUUGUCUCGGUCAUGUGGCAAAAUGUAUUAUCAUCAAUGAUAAAAUGACAACACAGAUAUUGGAUACCCUUCUUACAUUGGCAACACAAUGUCGACCUUCGAAACGAAGCAUGGAUGCAUCUGUGGAUUUGAUUCAUUUCUCAAGUGGAUAUGCGGCAGGACAUUUUUCAUCUGUAUUAGCAACCUGGCCAACGAAAUCAUCAACAAUAGAAACUUUGGCCGGUCGUGGUAUAUCCGAACUUUUAGAUUAUUGCAAUGGCUCCCCUGAUUCGCUAUCUGAAAGUACUUGUCUUGGUAUCAUGAUGGGAUGGGCUUCCAAGUUGGAUCAAAACGAUAUGAGGGAUGUCAUUAUACAUGCUCGCAAACAGUUGGAACUUUAUACUAAUCGAAAAUCAUUGAACGUUGGCUUACUCUUGGGUGCCCCAUGGAUUUGUGCUUAUGGUGCUUACGAUGAAUAUGGAGUAUUAGAUCAAGAAACCGUCGAUGUAUUGAGCAAAGCAGCACACAUUGCUCGUGAUGAUAGUAUGCUUGCCAAGCAAAUGUACCACUUUGAUGUCCCACUAUCAAGAUUAUUCCGAUUACAGCAUAUCGCCGAUGGUGAAAAUGAAUCAUCACCCAAUUUCAGUCAACAAUUUUUGGCCAACGUAGAAAUGAUUCAAACCGAUGAUGCUUCAAGUUCAUUACGUAUUCCUGCUCUCUUUUGUCUUGGAAGUCUUCUCGGAGCUGAUUACUUGCAUUCAAUGGUGGAACAAGAACAACUGUUUAAGGAAGCGCAACAAUACAACAAGGAUAUACGACGACCUUUACUGGAUGUAAUGACAACUUUGGCUGGAUUGACAGAUGGUCUUUCUGCAGGAAAUCUAAAGAGUGGACGAAUUGCUGCCGUGAUAUGUGGUGAAUUGGUACAGAAAUCAAGACAGUUGCAAGAUGCUUUGAACGACAAACAUGAUAUACAAUCAGCAGGAUUUGCGCAAAGGGCUGUGGCAGCGACAUCAGCUGAACCUAAAUCAUAUAGCCGACUCAACAAUAACACAAGUUACUUACGUGCAGUGUUUGACGCUUUAACUCAAGUGGCGACUGUCUAUCAACAUGAUCACAAGCCAAAUGACAUUGAACCUUAUACAAAAGUAUUGUUGUCUGCCUUGCGCGAUACCAUUGGUCCUCUUCCUUCUGUGAACUGGUACACCCUUUUAUCCAAGCUCUCCAAGAUCUCAACAGCUACUCGUGUGCAAUGUAUACGUUUUGCUUCUAUGCAUGCUACUACUUCACUUUCCCUAUCCGAAUACAUUCUGUCUGAAUUAGGUCAAGCAUCAACACACUACAUUGACGGUAUCACUUUAGUACUGGUCGGUCAAGACGGUAUUGGGAAACUAUUGGAACUAAGUGGAUUACCAGAUCAAACAGUCGUAUUAGAUACAGCUCACAGGCGACGUGGGAUGGAUGCUGUUACCAAGAAAAUGACAGUAUCUGAUAUUCGGGCGAUCGAAUUGUUUGAAGCAUAUUGCAAGUUAUUCAAACAACUUCCAAUGGAUUGUCAGAAACUCUUUUUGUCAACUGUGAAGAAUCAUUUACCACUAUCGACUUCUAAUACCAAUGAAGCCCAAGCGAAAUAUAUCAUAUCGUUACAAGACACAUUACGAUACAACAUUACAUACCGACUCCUAGAUGACAACAGCUCAACUUUGGAUAUGAUAUCUUUAAGUAUACAAACAAGCAUCAACAACAUGGAUGAUUUACUUCAGGGAUCCGACUUCAAAACUUGGAUGAAUGAUGCAUCGACAGCCUACCUCAAGGUCAAGGCGAUAAUGGAAGUGUGUCAUUUACAACGUACGGCUCUACCGAUAGCAAGAUGGAUGACGGAUGUGAUCACACAUUUAUUACUUUUAUUUGGAGAAUCUUCAAUCACUCAACCUGCUUCUCAAUGUUGGGAUAUUCUAUGCGAUACUUUGAUGGAUUUGACAAAAACAACAACAGCAUUGUCCGACCGGUUUGCUUGGGUGAUUCGACUUUUGGAUGUAUUGAUUGUCAUUGUGUCGGGUACGAUGAAGAAGGAAAUCAGUGUACGUGCCACUGCUUUGGCUAUUGAAACCAUCAUUCGACAGGCAUUGGACGUUUUAUGGUCUCGUUCUUUGGUUGAACAUCCAUUACAACUUGCACAAGAUAUUGCUUUAGCAGACACUGCUUAUUUACUGGCCUAUUCUAUUUCCAUGGCGAAAGGACUAGAUGCUCAACGACAGAUUGUCAGACGUGUACUGAAAUUAGUGGAUCUAUUAUCUGAAAAUGAUGAUGAAGAUUCUGGUAGAAUUAAGAAGAUGUUUAUUCAGGUUUUACGUGAUUGCCCCAAACAAGCAAUGGAAGACCAUCGUGAUCAAUUUCAAGAUAUUAUCCCUUUUACUUAGAAUAGAAUUAUUUUUUAUGCACGUUUUAUCAUAGACUUUUUAAAAAAAAAAAAAUACACUGUGAUCAUUUUCCAUAUCAAUAAAUAAAUAAAAAAAAAAAAGAAUAUAUCCUAUACGAUGUUUAAUUCUUUCUUAUUCAUACUAAUGCUAACUUACAUCGUUAUUAU